AUGAGUGCUGUUGGAGGAGGGAGCUUAAGAGGUGGAGGAGGCGGCGGAGGAGGGGAGGGCUUUGGGAGUGGGAAGGGCGGCGGCGGCGGCGGCGGCGGCGGCGGCAGCGUGGUGGAGGCGGAGCUGCGGUGGACGCUCGAGCUGGCGGAGAGGCUCGUGAGUGCCUGCAAAGAUGCGGAGGUCUUCAAGGCGGAGUGCUCCGAGGUCGGGAAGCUCGCCGAGCGGCUUCUCCAGAUGCUCCGCUCGACCCUCCGUCUCAUCACUUCCUCUUCCUCCCCUUCCUCCUCCGCCGGCGCCGGCGCCGUGUCCUCCUCCAGAUGCAACGGCGGUGCCGCUGUCGCAAGCGGCAGCGGCCACCUCUACGACCGUCCCAUCCGCCGCAUCGCCGCGGAGACCGCCAAGGCCCUGGACCGCGCCGUCGCCCUUAUCCGCCGCUGCAAGCGGCGCUCCCGCAUCCUCCGUCGCGUGGUCACCAUCACCACUGGCGCCACGGACUUCCGCAAGUGCCUCGCCCUUCUCGAGGCCUCCGCUGGUGACGUGAAAUGGCUGCUCUCCGUCUACUCCGCCGCCGCCGGCUCCGGCGGCAUCGUCCUCAGCAUGCCCCCGAUCGCCAGCACCGACCCCAUCCUCUCCUGGGUCUGGAGCUACGUCGCGGUCGUGCAGAUGACCCCCGGCAAGGACGCCGCCGCCGUGGCGGACCGCGCCGAGGCUGCCGCGGCGCUGGCCAACCUCGCCCUCGACAACGAGCGGAACAAGAAGAUCAUCGUCGGGGAAGGCGGCGUGCCGCCGCUGCUCGCCCUCCUCAGAGACGGCGCCGCCGCCGUCGAGGCACAGAUCGCCGCCGCUACCGCCCUCUUCAACCUCGCCGACGUGCAGGAACGGGUCCUGGUGAUCGUGGCGGAGAUGGGCGUCCCCCUCAUCGUCCAGUCCCUCUCCCAUGCUCCCAUGGCUCUGCAGAUCGGCCUCUCCUCCCUCGUCGCCCGCAUGGCCGCAGAAGAUCCGGUGGCGCAGGAGGAGUUCGCCAGAGAGAAUUGCGUGCGCCCACUGGUCACCCUGGUCUCCACAGACAUUCCCAUCUGGGACAGCGACACCGACAGCAUCAUUCCCAACUGCAAAACCGGCACCGCCAGAAUCCACGCCGCGGCCGCCGUCGCCAUCCGCAGCUCCAACUUGCACCACGAGAACCAUCAUUGUCCCCGCCACUCCGAGAGCAUCAACCAGCUCUCCUCGGCGAGGAAGGAGAAGGAGAACGAGAGCUCGGAGGUGAAGCUCCGUCUCAAGACCUCCUGCGUGGAGGCGCUCUGGAGGCUCUCCGCAGGGAGCAUCUCCAACAGCCGCAAGAUCACAGAGACGAAGGGGCUCCUCUGCCUGGCCGAGAUGGUCAAGCGGGAGAAGGGCGAGCUCCAGAUCAACUGCUUGAGGGCCAUCGCAGAGGUCGCCGCUGUUGCAGAGUACGAACCAGACCUCCGGCUAUCGGCGUUCAAGAUGAACUCGUCCGCCGCGAAAGCUGUGGUGGAUCAGCUCCUGCGGGUGAUCCAGGAGGUGAACAACCACACCCUGCAGAUCCUCGCCAUCAAAUCUCUCGGAUGUCUAGCGAGGAAUUUCCCUGCCAGGGAGUCCCGGAUCACCUCCACCCUCGUUUUGCAGCUCAGUCACUGGAACUCUGAUGUUGCCACAGAGACCUCCAUUGCCCUGGGGAAGUUCGUCUGCCCUGACAAUUUCCUCCACUCCGAGCACUCCAAGGCGAUCAUCGAGUUCGGCGGGGUGCCCCCACUGAUCAGGAUGCUGAGACUGAGCGAACGACCUCAGCUGAACGGACUAGUACUGCUCUGCUACCUGGCUCUGCAUGCCGGCGACAGCGAGGUCCUGGAGCGUGAGAAGGUUCUUCCAACCCUAAUCUCUGCGAGAAACAAUGCUUCUUCCCAGCAUCCUCUUCUAAGGGACCUGCUCCACGAGGCAAUUCGCCACCUUGAGCUUUACCAUGCCGUUUCCCAUUCUCAUGUCUGA